AUGAAGAUCUGUAAAAACUUUUUAAAUCAGAUUAAUAUCACUAUUGAUUUAAAUAAUAAAAAAAUUAAAAGUAUAAAAAAAACGUUUUCUGAGAGAACGCGCGCUGCGGCUGCUGUUCUUCCCCCCCUACUCCUCGCCCACCUCACUGGGCUGCUGCUUCUCUGCUUCCCCGAUCCAGAGACUGACGCGGCGGCGCCGUCCGUGCCUCUCGUCGCCCGCCGGGCCCGUAGCCGCGCCCCGUCGGCCAUCGACAUGUCGCGCCGCGUGAGCACCGCCGUCAGCGACCGGUGCUUGGAGCUGGAGCGCAUCAUCGGCGCCCGCGCCCGCGCAGGAAGCCUCAGCGUCGACGACGCACUCAAGCUGUUCGACGAAUUUCUCCACCACGCUAGGCCUGCCUCGAUCAUCGCCUUCAACCAGCUCCUCGCCGCCGUCUCCAGUGCCUCGCGCCGGGGAUCAUCCUCCACCUCAGAGCUCGUCGUCUCCUGCUUCAACCGGAUGAUCCGUGACUGCUGCAGCAAGGUGGCUCCGGAUGUUUUCACCUACAGCAUCCUCGUCGGCUGCUUCUGCCGCAUGGGCCGUCUGGAGCAUGGCUUCGCCGCCUUUGGCCUCAUCCUUAAGACGGGCUGGAGGGUGAAUGAUGUAGUAGUCGUCAAUCGACUGCUCAAGGGCCUCUGUGACGCAAAGAGGGUGGGCGAGGCCAUGGGCGUUUUGCUCCGACGAAUGUCUGAGCUUGGCUGCACGCCGAAUGUAGUAUCGUACAAUACACUUCUCAAGGGUUUCUGCGAUGAAAACAGAGCUGAGGAGGCACUUGAGCUGCUCCACAUGAUGGCUGAUGGUCAAGUUAGAAGCUGCCCACCAAAUUUGGUGUCCUACAACACUGUCAUCAAUGGUUUCUUUACUGAGGGUCAAGUGGACAAAGCUUACAACCUGUUUCUUGACAUGACGGAUCAGGGGAUUCCACCGAAUGUUGUGACAUACACCAUAGUAAUUGAUGGCCUGUGCAAAGCUCAAGUGGUUGACAGGGCCGAGGGUGUAUUUCAGCAGAUGAUUGAUAAAGGUGUAAGGCCCAACAUUGUGACGUACACAUGUCUGAUCCAUGGAUAUCUCUCUAUAGGACAGUGGAAAGAGGUGGUUCGAAUGCUCAAAGAAAUGUCUGCACAUGGUCUUGAGCCAGAUUGUUUUACUUAUGGUUUACUGCUGGACUAUCUAUGCAAGAAGGGAAAAUGCACAGAAGCCAGGAAGCUUUUUGAUUCUAUGAUUAGGAAGGGCAUAAAACCUGAUUUUAUGGACUCUGCACCAUUGACAAAUGGGAGAAAGCUGGGGAAUUAUUUUUUGAAAUGGUGAAUCAAGGAAUUCAUCCCAAUGUCGUGUUCUUCAACACAAUAAUGUGUAACUUAUGCACAGAAGGACGGGUGAUGAAAGCUCAGAGGCUCAUCGACUUGAUGGAACGUGUGGGCACAAGGCCUGAUAUUAUCUCAUAU